CAGCAGACGCGCUUAGGGUCCCCUCACCCCUACGGUAUUUCGAGUAUAUAGUGAAAGCACAAGAAUCGUGCGGACGCUGUUCUAGACCGCUACACUCAUAAGAUCAGUUCACUCAGCGUGGAAUAUGGUCCUACUCAAAUAGCUCCUCUACACCCGAGGAACGCACCGACAUCUCAACCCAGUUGUAAGAGGAGAUGAGCUCAAUCAUGCGCUACACUCCGUUCGCUUCCGAUAUAGAGUUCCCGUUUUAUACGGCUUUAUCAUCACUCAAGAUCAAUCACGACAAGCUUGACGAUGCUGCCCGUAAAGUGCUAGGUCUCUAUGAAGUUCGACCUACAGACCUCCCUAAUGCCUCCUGUCGAAUGCAGAUACAUGGGAACGCCCUAACAAGCGAUGAAACACCGGCUGGGUUUUAUCGAGCUGAAGGAUUGAUCAAGAAUGUCAAUACACUUGAAGAGUACUCAAACAUCGAUAAGGCACAUAUUCUUCAGCAGUCCGCGAAAACGAUCUGGGAUGCUAUAUGCGACGGCACUAUCUAUUCGUGCCCCUCUUUGCUUGCGUCAUUUUUCAUCUUGUCGUACGCGGAUCUAAAGAAAUACAAAUUUCACUAUUGGUUCGCAUUUCCGGCGCUGCACUCGAGCCCUUCCUGGGCCCUUCUUGAGAAGACCGAGGAAGCUGGUAACUCCGGUCAGACUAGAGAAGCUGUGUCACCAGCUGGAGGUCUAAAAGAUGCUGAAAUAUCAAAUCUCGUGGAAACAAUCAAGACAUGGAGCUACAGUGUAGAAGACCGCCAGCGAGGGUUUUUCUUAGCCAGGAGAGUUCAUGGUGCCAGCAAUGGAACAAUAGUUGAAAGCAACUCAGGGAUCACCGACAAUGUUACGGAAUCAUCAAAUCACGAUGGCCCACGGUGGAGGAUUGCUCCUCUCCUAGCCUACGAGGAUGGCUUCUUCAAAGAAGCCAGGUUUGAAGACUGCUUCGUCUGUUUCGCUGAUCCUUCAAAUUACGAGGAUGCACCCGGCUGGAUGCUGAGGAACCUUCUGGUACUUGUAAAACGACGGUGGGGACUCAAUAAGAUCCAGGUACUGAGAUACCGUGACAUGCAGCCGCAUCCCAGUCGCGGUCAGUACAAAAGCACAGUGUUGACUCUGCAAUCGGAUGACAUACAAGCACCGGCUGCAGAGUCGCAAAAUUUGAGCGAAGAUAUGCCGAAGGUGACCGGCUGGGAGCGUAAUCCAGCCGGUAAAUUAACAGGUCGCUUCGUUAACCUCACAGAGUACUUGGAUCCUAAGAGACUAGCCGAUCAGUCGGUCGAUCUGAAUCUUAAGCUCAUGAAGUGGCGUAUCAGCCCCAAUCUUAACCUCGAGAAAAUCAAGCACACCAAGUGCCUCCUAUUGGGGGCGGGAACCCUCGGGAGCUAUGUUGCGAGGAAUUUGAUGGGCUGGGGGGUGUCUAAAAUCACCUUUGUGGAUAAUGGGUCCGUGUCGUUCUCCAACCCUGUGAGGCAACCACUCUACAACUUUGCCGAUUGUAUAGAUGGUGGGGUGAAGAAGGCUCUUCGUGCGUCUCAGGCCCUGUUGGAAAUCUACCCUGGAGUCAACUCUACGGGCCAUGUCCUCUCUGUACCCAUGGUUGGACACCCUGUCAUUGAUGCUGAAAAGUCCCGGGCAGAAUUUGAGGUACUCCAGAGACUUGUUGAAGAGCAUGAUGCCAUUUUUCUCCUAAUGGAUACGCGCGAAGCACGCUGGCUGCCAACGGUCAUGGGGAAGGCAGCUGGCAAGAUCGUUAUGAAUGCGGCCCUCGGUUUCGAUUCUUAUGUGGUUAUGCGACAUGGAAUCAAAGCGAUUGCAGAGCCACCAACAGAACUCGGGUGCUACUUUUGUAACGAUGUCGUUGCACCAAUGAACUCUGUCAAAGAUCAAACACUUGAUCAGCAAUGUACCGUUACUCGGCCUGGUGUGGCCGCCAUAGCUUCGGCUUUACUGGUAGAGUUGCUUGUUUCCCUUCUUCAACAUCCUCUGGGUGCUGCAGCACCGGCCCCGACCUCGCGCAGUGAUGAUCGAGGAGACCAUCCACUGGGACUCGUGCCACAUCAAGUCAGGGGAUUCCUUGCAACAUUCGAAAAUAUUCCAGUCACGGGCAGAAGCUACAAACACUGCAGCGCUUGUUCAGAUAACAUCACCCGCGCUUACGAAGAGGGCGGUUGGGAUUUCGUUCUAAGGGCUUUGAAUGAGCCUGGGUACGUUGAAGAACUGAGCGGUCUCAAGGAGGUGCAUGCUACAGCAGAGGCUUCACUUGCUGACGUAGAAUGGGAUGAGGACUUCGAUUCAGCAGAAGAGAUAUGACUGAGCCCGGUUUGAUGCUAAGGAAGGGGCAGGUCAGUUACAAAUGCCAUCGAAAUGUAGCACCUCAUCAUACUAUGUUUCAUCUAUUUCCGAGGACAUACCUGACUCUGGGUACUAUUUUCGACCGAGACCAAUGAAAUAAGAUUCUUUGGAUUCCUGCACAGAUGUUCAGGACUUUGAAGGCCAGUUUAUUGCUGUGUUUUACGAGGCCAGUGGAUGCUUACAUUGCGCGACGAUUCCGGUUUAAGGCGGUGGACUUUCCGAAAUAAUUUCCUGAGCUGUUCCUCUAGGGCCUUAUCUUCGGCUCCUUGGUAAAAUUUGCAGACGAAGUGCCCUCCAGUGCG